GCCCUGGGGAAACGUUUCCCUGCAUCUUUUGCCCUGCAUCCAAAUGCCAUCACGGAUAGUGGGUAUUGCUGCUGUGAACUUCAGAGAUGGAUACUGCUUCAGAGGGUGGAUAGGAGUUGAGUAGCUAAAGCACUUAGAAAGCCUGGUUUCAUGCACUUAAGCGUGCCGCAACAUUUGAUACAACUGAAACUUGUGGUUGAUUGCUGUCUGCUUCCCCCGACAAACAUAAAGAAGCCUUAGGAGAGAAGAGCCACAUCUCCCUUAUUCACCACUUGCCAGCCAUGUUCAAGAUUGUUGUUCAAUAAGGAUUUGAAUGGAUAAAUCAACGCAUGUUGAUCUAAGCCAGAAGACUUCAGGUUGAGGAAAGCCAGGAAUAUAAAAGCUAAGAGAAAUUUCCCAGCUCAGAUCAUCUGAAAGAGUAGAUAGUGCCCAAAUGCGUUUCACUGACCUAUAAUACAAGGUGGCUGACACUGAUCUGGAGCUCGGAAUACAUCCGUGAACAAAAUAAACAGAUCCCUGUCCUUAUGGAGAUUACAUUAUAGGUGGGAAACGGAGAAUGAACCAUAAACAAAACAAGAAUGUUGGCCACUAGGGAGAAACACCAAACAAGCAUUGAAUGAGUACCCUCCCACUAGGAAGAAGGCUAUUUGUCUUUCAUGGUGAGUUGAGAAGAGUACUAGCCAUCAGUGAACUCCCAGGAGUAAAGGAAAUAAUGCAAAAGGUGUCCCAAGGCUCCUGACCAGUGAACAGAGAUUUGAGAAAAACAGCCAAGCUCAUGUUUUCUCCUGAUCAAGAAAAUCAUCCAUCCAAAGCACCAGUAAAAUAUGGUGAACUCAUUGUCUUAGGGUAUAAUGGGUCUCUCCCAAACGGCGAUAGAGGAAGGAGGAAAAGUAGGUUUGCUUUGUUUAAAAGACCUAAGGCAAAUGGGGUGAAGCCCAGCACUGUGCAUAUUGCUUGUACUCCUCAGGCUGCAAAGGCAAUAAGCAACAAGGACCAGCAUAGCAUAUCAUACACUUUAUCUCGGGCCCAGACAGUGGUGGUUGAAUAUACUCAUGACAGCAACACUGAUAUGUUUCAGAUUGGUCGGUCGACUGAAAGUCCCAUUGAUUUUGUGGUAACUGACACAGUUCCUGGAAGUCAAAGUAAUUCUGAUACACAGUCAGUGCAAAGCACCAUAUCAAGAUUUGCCUGUAGAAUCAUAUGUGAACGGAAUCCCCCCUUUACAGCACGGAUUUAUGCUGCAGGAUUUGACUCAUCAAAAAACAUCUUUCUUGGGGAGAAGGCUGCCAAAUGGAAGACAUCAGAUGGACAGAUGGAUGGCUUGACCACUAAUGGCGUUCUUGUUAUGCAUCCACGCAAUGGGUUCACGGAAGACUCCAAGCCUGGAAUAUGGAGAGAAAUAUCAGUGUGUGGAAAUGUAUUCAGCCUGCGUGAAACCAGGUCAGCUCAGCAGAGAGGAAAAAUGGUGGAAAUUGAAACCAAUCAGUUACAAGAUGGCUCACUAAUUGACCUCUGUGGUGCAACAUUGCUGUGGCGUACUGCAGAAGGCCUUUCCCACACUCCUACAGUGAAGCAUUUAGAAGCUUUAAGACAGGAAAUCAAUGCAGCGCGACCUCAGUGCCCUGUAGGGUUCAACACACUAGCAUUUCCUAGUAUGAAGAGGAAAGAUGUUGUUGAUGAAAAACAACCAUGGGUGUAUCUAAACUGCGGCCAUGUGCAUGGCUAUCAUAACUGGGGAAACAAAGAAGAACGUGAUGGAAAAGAUCGUGAAUGUCCUAUGUGUAGGUCUGUUGGUCCCUAUGUCCCUCUGUGGCUUGGAUGUGAAGCUGGAUUUUAUGUGGACGCCGGCCCUCCAACCCAUGCGUUUAGCCCAUGUGGGCAUGUGUGUUCAGAAAAGACAACUGCCUAUUGGUCCCAGAUCCCACUUCCUCAUGGUACUCAUACUUUUCAUGCAGCCUGUCCCUUUUGUGCACAUCAGUUGGCUGGUGAACAAGGCUACAUCAGACUUAUUUUCCAAGGACCUCUAGACUAACAGACAGUUGUCCUCCAGGACUGCAUUAUAAAUUUAUAAGCUAAGUGAUUUGCGGUUUCCAACCUAUUGUCCAUGUCACAGUUUUUCUGCUCUGGUCAUUUGCAUUAAGAUGAAGAAUUUUUUUAAACAUUUAUAAUAAAUAGUAGCAAUUUCUGAGCAAAAAUCUGAGAAACUCAAGCAGAGGAAUUUCCGAAAGUACCAGACUUCUGAAUUCUGAGUUUUGAAAAUAUAUUUUGAGGAGAAAAAGACAUAGUCUAAUUUGAUGCCUUCAUUUUAGUGUUUUUGAAUCACCCAUCCUCGGUGUUGAAAAUUUGUUUUGUAUAACUGAGGGUACUGUUGGUUCAAACUAUGUUAGUUUACAGUUUGUUGCAAACAUUGUAAAAUACAGCAACAUGUAUAUUAACUUUUUUUCUAUUUAUCUUUAUUAUGGAAAAUAUCUUAGAAUGUUCUUGAUAGAGUAGCAUGGUAAUGAUGGUCUCACACUCUUGGUGUGAAUGGUAGUUUAGCAAGCAUAGCUCAAGGAUUUGCAAGGUUAGAAAGAAGGACAGGAGAGCCUCUCUCCCCACCCCCAUCUAAAUAUGAAAUUUGGUAAAUUAGAAUACUUUGUAAAAUUCAUAUUAAUUACCAUUGUGUAAGAGGUGUUUGUUUUUAACCACACUGAAGAUGAUCGGGAAAGAUUUUUUCCUUAAUGUUUCUCUUGAGUGUAGUACUAUAACAAAAACUUAAUGCUAAGAAACAUUUUAUAUGCUCCUUUGAAUAUGCAAUUUAAUCUAGAUUAUCUAUUUUUCUCCCAGGAUAACUAAUCUGUUUUUAGUAUCAGCAACAUUUGGCAAGUUUAUUUUUUUGAUAUAAACUGUGGUUCAUCUGUUCACUGUUUCUAGAAAAAAAAAAAAUCAUUCCCAUGAGAAAAAGCAUAAAUUAACCAGAAAGCAGAGUGACUUGAUUUGCUUUUAGAAAAAGAAAUGCUUAAUUAAUUAACUCCUCUGUAUUUGUCCUUAUCCCAGUGUUAAGAAAUUUAGAAAGAUAUAAAGGGUUGAAUGACAGUGCUCUUUUUCUUCUUCUUCUUUUCCUUUUUAAUCUAACAGACCAGCCUUAACUGUGGGCUUGAAUCCUAGAAGGAGAGUUGCCACAGUGUGACUCAAGGAAAUGUUUGGUUGGCAGAUGAGCACCAGUGACAGCCAAGUGGAGGGACAUACUUGCAUGGUCAGUUUAUUCCUUAAUCCCAAAAAGUUCUUUGCUUUCAAAAGCAAGAAAACGUUUCUCCCCCUAGCCUUUUUUUUUUCUUAACACACCAUAAGGAAAGUAUAGACAGUUGCACUACAUCAAACCCUUUGUGACACUUGUAGAAAUCAGCAUACUUUAGAUUAAACAGUAUCUUUUUUUAAUCUUUUGAUUUGUUUUCCUUUAGUUUGAAAAGUUGUAUAAUACUGAAUUGACUGUAGCAAAUUUUCAUAUGUGGUAGCAUAGCUUUAAUUUAUCCUAUUGAAUUUUCUUUUGGUUUUUAAAAAACAAAACCUGUUACUUAGAAGCCAUGAACUAUUUUAUUUUACUUCAACUUGUCAAAAUUUCCUUGUUUUAAAAAAUGAGCAUUUGGGUUCACUCAGGAAAUGCAUGUCAGGAAACUUGUAUUAUAAGUUGACUAGUUGUGAUGUAUCAGUAACUGCUGUUACCCCUUUUUCAAAGAAAUAUCAUUGAUUUUGAAGUUUUCUAGAUUGUCACAUGCUUUGUGACUAAUGCAAGGAAAUCAAGUCCUGUGUUGUAUUUGUUCUAGUCAUUUCUAUUCAGGCUAUAUAUUGUAGCUAUUUUUAUUUGCAAUUAAUUUAUUCAAACUAAGUAAAUACUUUUCAAAAUAGA